GGCGUGGCCGGGCCUGGACAGCGGCCUGGGCCAUGUCGGCGCCGCCUGCCCUGCAGAUCCGGGAGGCGAACGCACACCUGGCGGCCGUGCAUCGGCGCGCGGCGGAGCUGGAGGCACGGCUGAACGCGGCGGAGCGCACGGUGCACGCCCAGGCCGAGCGCCUGGCCCUCCACGACCAGCAGCUGCGCGCUGCCCUAGACGAACUGGGUCGCGCCAAGGACCGUGAGAUUGCCACACUCCAGGAGCAGCUGAUGACCUCAGAGGCCACUGUCCACAGCCUGCAGGCCGCCGUGCACCAGAGGGACAAACUCAUUAGGCAGUUGCAGCCCCGGGCUGAGCUGUUGCAGGACAUCUGCCGCCGCCGACCACCCCUGGCCGGGCUGCUGGCUGCCCUGGCUGAGGCUGAGCGCCUGGGGCCCGUGCCGGCCAGUGACCCCGGCCACCCACCCCCCGGUGGGCCUGGUCCACCCCUUGCCAAUAGCACUGGGGAAGAGGCAGACAGGGUCCACCUCCAGCCUGCGGUGUUUGGGACCACAGUGUGAGCCCGGAAUGCAGAUUCCAGAAUGGAGACAGAAAGCCACUGCUGUCAAUGUCCUUGGGAGUCACCAGCGUCCUGCAGGGGGACCCAAUGGCAGAGCCACAGUCCUGUCUAAGCAUCAGAACAGGCUAAACAGUCAAAGUUUUCAAAUAGGUCCACAGGCCAGAUGCAGACGUUUAACCCAGACA